GCAUCCGAGUGCGCUCUGGGGCCGGGUGAGAGGAUGCGCAAGGUGGAGAGCCGCGGGGAAGGGGGGAGAGAGGAACUGGGAAGUAACAGCCCUCCACAGAGAAACUGGAAGGGAAUUGCUAUUGCCCUGCUGGUGAUUUUAGUUGUAUGCUCACUCAUCACUAUGUCAGUCAUCCUCUUAACCCCAGAUGAACUCACAAAUUCUUCAGAAACUAGAUUGUCUUUAGAAGACCUCUUCAGGAGAGACUUUGUGCUUCAUGACCCAGGAGCCCGGUGGAUCAACGAUACAGAUGUGGUGUAUAAAAGCGAGAAUGGACAUGUCAUUAAACUGAAUAUAGAAACAAAUGCUACCACAUUAUUAUUGGAAAACACAACUUUUGUAACCUUCAAAGCAUCAAAACAUUCAGUUUCACCAGAUUUAAAAUAUGUUCUUCUGGCAUAUGAUGUCAAACAGAUUUUUCAUUAUUCGUAUACCGCUUCGUAUGUGAUUUACAACAUACACACUAGGGAAGUUUGGGAGUUAAAUCCUCCAGAAGUAGAGGAUUCCGUCUUGCAGUAUGCAGCUUGGGGUGUCCAAGGGCAGCAGCUGAUUUAUAUUUUUGAAAAUAAUAUCUACUAUCAACCUGAUAUAAAGAGCAGUUCAUUGCGACUGACAUCUUCUGGAAAAGAAGGAAUUAUCUUUAAUGGGAUUGCUGACUGGUUAUAUGAAGAGGAAAUUCUGCAUUCUCACAUUGCCCACUGGUGGUCACCAGAUGGAGAAAGGCUCGCCUUCCUGAUGAUAAAUGAUUCGUUGGUGCCUAACAUGGUUAUCCCUCGAUUUACUGGAGCGUUGUAUCCCAAAGGAAAGCAGUAUCCAUAUCCUAAGGCAGGUCAAAUGAACCCAACCAUCAAAUUAUAUGUUGUAAACCUAUAUGGACCAACUCAUACUUUGGAACUCAUGCCACCUGACAGCUUUAAAUCGAGAGGAGAUGAGCUCCUUGGGGACUUCCUGGGUAAUCCAGAGCCAUGGAGACUAGGAACAAGCAGGGAAUAUUAUAUCACUAUGGUUAAAUGGGUAAGCAAUACCAAGACGGUGGUCAGAUGGUUAAACCGGCCUCAGAACAUCUCCAUCCUCACGGUCUGUGAGACUACCACUGGUGCUUGCAGUAGAAAAUAUGAGAUGACAUCAGAUACUUGGCUCUCCAAACAGAAUGAAGAGCCUGUGUUUUCUAGAGAUGGCAGCAAAUUCUUUAUGACAGUUCCUGUUAAGCAAGGGGGCCGUGGAGAAUUUCACCACAUAGCAAUGUUUCUCGUCCAGAGUAAAAGUGAGCAAAUUACUGUGCGACAUCUGACAUCAGGAAACUGGGAAGUGAUAAAGAUCUUGGCAUACGAUGAAACUACUCAAAAAAUUUACUUUCUGAGCACGGAGUCUUCUCCCAGAGGGAGGCAGCUGUACAGUGCUUCUACUGAAGGACUAUUGAACCGUCAAUGCAUUUCAUGUAAUUUUAUGAAAGAACAAUGCACAUAUUUUGAUGCCAGUUUUAGUCCUAUGAAUCAACAUUUCUUAUUACUCUGUAAAGGCCCAGGCGUCCCCAUGGUCAGUCUACAUAGCACGGAAAACCCAGCAAAAUAUUUUAUAUUGGAAAGCAAUUCCAUGCUGAAGGAAGCUAUCCUGAAGAAGAAGAUAGUAAAGUCAGAAAUUAAAAUGCUUCAUAUUGACGACUAUGAACUUCCUUUACAGUUGUCCUUUCCCAAAGAUUUUACGGACCGAAACCAGUAUGCUCUUCUGUUAAUAAUGGAUGAAGAACCAGGAGGCCAGCUGGUUACAGAUAAGUUCCAUAUUGACUGGGAUUCAGUACUUGUUGACACAGAUAAUGUCAUCACAGCACGAUUUGAUGGCAGAGGAAGUGGAUUCCAGGGCCUGAAAAUUUUGCAGGAGAUUCAUCGAAGGUUAGGUUCAGUGGAAGUAAAGGACCAAAUAGCAGCUGUUAAAUUUUUACUGAAACAGCCAUACAUCGACUCCAAAAGAUUAAGCAUUUUUGGAAAGGGGUAUGGUGGCUAUAUUGCAUCAAUGAUAUUAAAAUCAGAUGAAAAGCUUUUUAAAUGUGGAUCAGUGAUUGCACCCAUCACAGACUUGAAGUUGUACGCCUCAGCAUUCUCUGAAAGAUACCUUGGUAUGCCAUCUCGGGAAGAAAGCACUUACCAGGCAUCCAGUGUGCUACAUAAUAUUCAUGGCUUAAAAGAAGAAAAUAUAUUAAUAAUUCAUGGGACUGCUGACACAAAAGUCCAUUUCCAGCAUUCAGCAGAAUUAAUCAAACACCUAAUAAAAGCUGGAGUGAAUUAUACUAUGCAGGUCUACCCAGAUGAAGGCCAUAACGUAUCUGAGAAGAGCAAGUAUCAUCUCUACAGCACAAUCCUCAGAUUCUUCAGUGAUUGCUUAAAGGAAGAAAUCCCUGUGUUACCACAGGAACCGGAAGAAGAUGAAUAAUGGACCCUAUUUAUAUAGAACUGCAGGGCAUCUUGAGGCUCAAUGAAACCUAACCAAGAGACUGUAAUAUUGUACAUGCUCCAGAAUUUCAAGGGCAGCUUAAGGAGAUGACACUGGAACAGCACACUCAGAGACAAUGAACUAGAAUUUUAAUACAGAUGUCCAAGUCUACUGUGUUGCCACGGGUGCGGAACCUGUUUCUUUGUGUAAGGAAGGUCAAAGGGUUGGUUUCCUGGGAGAAAUUAGUUUUGCAUUAAAGUAGGAGUAGUGCAUGUUUUCUUCUGUUAUCCCCAGAUUUGUUCUGUAACUAGUUGCUCUCAUUUUAAUUUCAGUGGCUACCGUCAUCUUUGCAUAUGAUGCAUACUUAGUACCACAUCCCUGAUCUUUGAUGGCUGAGCUGCAACCUAACACCUUACUGUAUAUCUUUACAAUAAGUGCAAUUCCUUCAUUGUCUAUUAUUAUGCUUAAGAAAAUAUUCAGUUAAUAAAGAGUAUUUUAUGUAAUUCUGUUUAUAAAAAAACAUUAUUAAAUGGGUCAAAGGUCAUGUAGAAAUAUGGAUUUCAGCACCUUCCAAAGUUCAGCCAGUUAUCAGUAGAUACAGUAUCUUUAAAUCAACACACGAGUGUAUGUCUCACAAUAUAUAGACACACGUGUGCAUAUACAGUCAAUAAAUCUAUCUUUACAUGUUAUUCAUGCUACAAAGGAUAAACUUCUGAUGAAUUAGAAGAGAUGCUCUUUUAGA